CUGCCUAAUACGGGCAACAGCUACUACUACUCUAUCAAUCGCAACGUCAAGGUACGAUGGAUCAGAAUGGAGCUUCGAGACUUCUUGCUCACUACGUCCAGCGUCACUCCGUUCUCUACGACUGUAACAGUCAGCACUAGUAGCACGAUCGUACAGACUACGACCUCAACCAAUACUGUGACGCAAACAUCAACGUCUACAGCAACAACGACCGUUGCAACUACCAUCAUAAAUUUCCCCAAUGCAAAGCGGGACGCGGUCGCUGGCCGACCUACCCCGAACCCUCAAGCCGCGAGGUUCAGUAGUCUGUGCAAGCAGCCAAAUCAGUACAUUACCUCUGUGUGCAAGUGCGUGGUGAAACCGAAGACCACCACGAUCACCACGACUCCAUCUACUACCAAGCGUGUUGUUGCUACAUCCACUUUGAGCACCACUGCAACCGUGACCUCGACUUUCACUGCGACCAUUCUGACAACGACAACAAUAGUCGUUACAGAGAUGACCACUCAAAUGACCGCCACAAGCACCCUCACGACCACAACGACCACGACCUCGGUCACAACUACUCAAACCUGCCCACCAACCCAACCUACUUACUGCUUAAACCGGGGAUAUUGCAUCAACGCAGACAACGACUACCUCAACUGCGGUGCAUGCGACAACGAAUGCAGCGGCCCAGCAACGUCUGCCAACGCGGCUCAUGCUCCCAGGCGCCGAACGUAUGCCAACCCCGUGCCCAAGCCUAUCCCUGUGAAAAUGCGGCUUCAGAUUGUCUUUGCUACAGAGCAGUCAAUGGAGGUGGGUAUUGUUCGGCAGGCGGCCGUAACUGUGGUCAGGUAUGUGAAGUCGCGGGAGACUGCUUCAGCGGACAAUGUAUCAGUGGAGAUUCCACAGGUUGCGGAGUGA